AUGCCGCUGCCCGACCUGUCGGCCGAGGGCGAGCGGCGCUACCGGCGGCUGCUGGCCCAGGCCACGGCCCGGCUACGCUCGCGACCCGCGGCCGCCGCGGUGCUCGUCCCGCUGUGCUCGGUGCGCGGGGUCCCCGCGCUGCUCUACACGCUGCGCUCCCGCCACCUGUCCGGGCGGCACAAGGGCGAAGUCAGUUUCCCAGGCGGCAAGUGGGACCCCGCCGACCGGGACGUGGUGCACACGGCCCUGAGGGAGACGCGCGAGGAGCUGGGCCUGGCCGUGCCCGAGGAGCGCGUGUGGGGGAUCCUGCACCCCGUGUACAACCAGCAAAAGGUCACAGUGGUGCCAGUGCUUGCUGGGGUCGGACCAGUGGACCCCCAGAACCUCAAGCCCAACCCUGAUGAGGUGGAAGAGGUGUUCACGCUGCCCCUGGCCCACCUGCUGCAGGCCGAGAACCAGGGCUACACCCACUUCUGCAAGGAGGGUCGCUUCGACUACACGCUGCCCGUCUUCCUGCACGGCCCGCACCGCAUCUGGGGGCUCACGGCCGUCAUCACUGAGUUCACCCUGAAGCUGCUGGCGCCUGACCACCAGACGCGCCUGUUUCUGUCCCGGCUGCCCCCCAAAACAGGGUCUGGCUCUCAAUAGCCCGAGCCCAGGAUCUCCAGCCUGAUCCACUCCAGACCUGAAUAAACAGUGUUUUUUCC